GUCAGAAGCAAAAUUUGGAUGAAGCAAUCUCACUAAGUUGCCGUCAUGAGCAGAAGCAAGCGUGACAACAAUUUCUACAGCGUUGAAAUUGGAGACUCGACUUUCACUGUGUUGAAGCGAUAUCAAAACUUAAAACCGAUAGGAUCAGGAGCACAAGGGAUAGUAUGUGCAGCUUAUGAUGCCAUCCUUGAACGAAAUGUUGCAAUCAAGAAGCUAAGCCGGCCAUUUCAGAACCAGACUCACGCUAAAAGAGCCUACCGAGAGCUUGUUCUUAUGAAGUGUGUUAAUCACAAAAAUAUAAUUGGCCUACUGAAUGUGUUCACACCUCAAAAAUCCCUGGAAGAAUUUCAAGAUGUUUACAUAGUGAUGGAGCUCAUGGAUGCAAAUCUCUGCCAAGUGAUUCAGAUGGAACUAGAUCAUGAACGAAUGUCAUAUCUUCUCUAUCAAAUGCUUUGUGGCAUCAAACAUCUUCACUCAGCUGGAAUUAUACAUAGGGAUUUAAAGCCCAGUAAUAUAGUAGUAAAAUCAGACUGCACUUUGAAGAUUCUUGACUUUGGACUGGCCAGAACCGCAGGAACUAGUUUUAUGAUGACGCCUUAUGUAGUGACUCGUUACUACAGAGCACCAGAGGUCAUCCUAGGGAUGGGAUACAAAGAAAACGUGGAUUUAUGGUCUGUGGGGUGCAUUAUGGGCGAAAUGGUUUGCCACAAAAUCCUCUUUCCAGGAAGGGACUAUAUUGAUCAAUGGAAUAAAGUUAUAGAGCAGCUAGGAACACCAUGCCCUGAAUUUAUGAAGAAAUUGCAGCCUACAGUCCGAACUUACGUGGAGAACAGACCUAAAUAUGCUGGAUAUAGUUUUGAGAAACUCUUUCCAGAUGUCCUUUUCCCAGCUGAUUCUGAGCACAAUAAACUUAAAGCAAGUCAAGCAAGGGAUUUGCUAUCAAAAAUGCUGGUUAUAGAUGCUUCUAAAAGAAUCUCUGUGGAUGAAGCCCUGCAGCACCCAUACAUCAAUGUUUGGUAUGAUCCCUCAGAAGCAGAAGCUCCUCCUCCAAAGAUACCAGAUAAGCAGUUAGAUGAGAGGGAGCACACGAUAGAAGAAUGGAAAGAGUUGAUAUACAAGGAAGUCAUGGACCUGGAGGAAAGAACCAAGAAUGGGGUUAUACGUGGACAACCAGCCCCUUUAGCACAGGUGCAGCAAUGAUCAAUGGCUCUCAAGAUCCAUCUUCAUCGUCAUCUGUCAAUGAUGUGUCUUCAAUGUCAACAGAUCCAACAUUGGCCUCCGAUACAGACAGCAGUCUAGAAACAUCAGCUGGACCUUUGGGUUGCUGUAGAUGACUACUUGGUCUUUUGGGGGGUGGGAGGGGAGGGAUGCUUUUAGUCGUUGAUAGGGCACCUUUAAGAGUUGGUGGUAUUUUUGAGUGUUUUUUCAGAAAUAAUCGUAGGAUUCAUCAUAAAGUGCUGUAAUUUUAAACUGUAAGUUGUGUUAAAAGCAGCCACUUUUUUUUGCUGUAAUUAACUCUGUAAAAUAUUAAACCUGAUAAUUUUUAUUGUGGUUUUAAAAUCUGCAUAUUUGCUUUACUGUUAUGCUGCUGAUCUUUUUUUACUGAAUUUUUAAGAUUUGUUUUAUGAAAGCACAUGUUAAUGUUGUCAUUACCAUAUCAUGAAUUAUUUAAGAUUUUAUAGGUUUUCAGUUUUUUUAUUAGAAUUUAUUCCAGAUGUUUUGUUCAUGAUAUCCUUCCAAGUUUUAUGCUUGGUCAUAUGUCCAUAUCCAGGUGGAGGGGGAAAGAAUUCAGUGUAGCCAGCUGUAGUUUUGGGCAUACUACUGUAGUGCUGGCAGUGAAUAAAAUCCUCUUAUUUUGGCCACUUGCCUAUAAUAUCUCAGUAAAAGUAGCAAUUAGUGAAUUUUUAGAGAAACAGUAUGCAAUCCUUUGCAAAUUAACCUCAUCUGAAUGGCUUUACAAACUUAAGAAAGCAAAGCAUAUCUUCAAAACUGCAGAAAUGUCUAGCCUAGCAAAGGAAUAUGAUGUUUUCUGCAGAAUUGUGGCAUGCCAAAUCUCGUGAUCACCGUAAAACAAGAGGAUACUUCAUGAAUAAUACAUUGCAAUGCAAAUAAACUGUUUACUUCUA